AUGGAGAAACUAAAAAAUUCUCGAAAACAGUAUCGGAGACUCUUUACGAUUGCUCAUAGUGAUUUUUUGAACUGUGAAAAUGAGUUGACUAUCGAAGAUAAAAUUUUGAAAUUAAAAAUUGUAGAAGAGAAAGCGAAACUAAUGGUAGCGAGUGAGUACGAAUUUCGAGAACCCUUUUUUUCUUCUGAAGAGACUGAAGAAAAUAUCAAUAAUGAAAUCGACAUUUCAGAGAGCUAUAUUGAUAAGUGGCGAAUUUUAGAAAAUAAAUUACAUGAUCUUUUGGAUGAGAAAAAAGAACAUUCUUCGGCUUCUACUGUUUCCGGAGCGGUGAGUACUACACCGAACAAUUUAUUGCAUUAUCCUAAAAUCAAUUUACCCACUUUUGAUGGAAAUAUAAGGAACUGGUUGUGUUUUUGGGGACAAUUUCAAAAAAUUGAUAACGAUUCCAAUCUCGAUAACCAUGAUAAAUAUGCUUAUUUAGCACACGCUAUGGAGAAAGGUUCACCCGCUGACGAGUUGAUUAAAAGUUUUCCCCCUGGUGGUGAAAAUUAUGAAAAAGCGGUUAAACAGUUGAAGCUACGCUAUGGCAGAGAAGAGUUGCUCGUCGAGGUUUACGUGAGAGAUCUGUUAUCUAUUGUACUAUUAAAACAAAAGUUGCAAAAAAUCCCCAUACCUAAACUGUAUGAUCAAUUAGAAACAAAACUAAGAGCUUUAGAGACUUUGGGAGUGACCAAGGAUAAAUAUGCUGCAAUGUUGUUCCCUCUAGUUGAAUCUUCUCUCCCUGACGAGACUUUAAAGGCCUGGGAGCGAUUCUGA